AUGGCCCGGUUGUCAAAUUAUCUUCUCACACUCGUUGGGGCCUUUGCCUUCUCACAGGGCACCAAUGCCUACGACUACCUCUCUCACGCCCGAUCUUCUUCCGAUGCAUUGAUGCAAUGGUAUAAUCAGGGUACUGGAGUUUUCAAUGGCAUAGGCUGGUGGAACAGUGCAGAAUGUAUCACUGCACUCGCCGACAUGCAAGGUCUUGACCCAACACACAACUUCAACGACACCCUUCAGAACACUUUCGAGAUCAACAAGAAUGUCUGGACAACGAAAAGUGACUUCUACGAUGACGAAGGCUGGUGGGCUUUGGCAUGGAUCAAAGCAUACGACUUGACAAAUGACCAGAAAUACCUCGGUGCUGCAGAGCAGCUUUUUGACGACAUGGCCAAAGGCUGGACUACCAACUGCAAUGGUGGAAUCUGGUGGGACAAGGACAAGACAUAUGUCAACGCCAUCGCCAACGAACUCUUCCUGAGUGUUGCGGCCCACCUUGCCCACCGCACGUGGGACAUCAAGUACCUUAACUGGGCUGUAAAGGAAUGGCAGUGGUUCGAGCAAUCCGGACUGAUCAGCAAGAACGACACCAUCAACGACGGACUGGACGGCGGAUGCAAGAACAACGGUUACACUGUGUGGACCUACAAUCAAGGUGUCAUUCUUGGGGCGUUGGUCGAACUCUCGAAAGCCAGUUUCGACGAUUCGUACCUCGUCAACGCCAGAGAUAUCGCAUGGGCUGCUAUCGAGACUCUCACCGAUAGCCACGGUGUUUUACAUGACAGCUGCGAAAAAGGCUGCGGAGGUGAUGUUUCUCAGUUCAAAGGCAUCUUUACUCGCAACGUCGCCCAGCUUUAUACAGCGACUUCAGAUCCUGGCCUCAAGCAAUUCUUGGAGACCAAUGCCCAGAGCGUUUGGAAGAACGACCGCGACUCGCAAAAUCGUCUGGGGCUUUCGUGGUCUGGACCAUAUGCCACAGCGGAUGCGUCAACUCAUAGUUCCGCUCUGAUGGCAUUGAUUGCUGCAGCAUCUGUUCAAGGCAGCUGA